CACGGUCUCAUAUGUUCCUCUAUGCUUUCCUUGCAACAAAUGCUCACGACAACCUUAUCCUAAUCGCAGGACCUACUCAGAGUAGCUCCAUCUCUCUAUGAUCUAGAUAAGCCCCGUUCUCAUUAUUCCUCGUGUCGUUUAAUCUCUUCGAUUCUUUUCUUUGCUCGCAAACGAGCAAACUCGCCAUAGCACCGUCUAUAUCGCACAGCCGCCAUGGACGAGCGAGCCGCCAGUCAGGUGCGCUUCCCGCGCGCGGCUGGAUCAUGCUCGCGCGCUCGCUUCCCCUUAGGCCCUCUUUUCCAGCUGUCCUCGCUAUGGAGUCGCUCCGCUGUGAGCCAGUGCGCGUCGUUGAAUCUUUCCACCACCGUUGACGCCCAGAAGCCGAUAAAGGUGGCGGUGGCGGUGGACGGCAGCGAGAACAGCAUCGAGGCGCUGCGAGCCGCCAUCCGCAUGUUCGGACCCACGGCUAAGGAGAUCCAUAUCGUUCACGCCAGACGCCCGUUCGACCAUGAUUUCGACGUGGAGAAUCCGCCGCUGUGGCAGCAGCCCUUCCAGCGCAUGGAGCGCCAGUCGCGCGCGGACUCGCGCGCGCUGCUCGGCAUCUGCUGCCAGAUGGCCGCGCAGGAGACGCAGCGCGUGCGCCAGGCGCACGACGGGCCCGCGGAGAACGGCGCGGGGGUGGCGGGUGCAGGGAGCGCCGCAGAGGGCGGGGCCAAUGGCGGCAGCGCCAGUAGCAGUCCGGGCAGCAGUCCCGGGCACAGCGCGGAAAGCAGCCCUACCGCCAGCGGGGGACGCAGGGUGAUAGUAGAAGCGGCUAGUCUGGGGGUAGGGGGGCUGGAGGUUAAAGGCGUGGAGUUACGAGGCGACCCGCGCGACGUGAUCAGUAACUACUCGAGACGCGUGGGCGCGGAUAUGCUGGUGAUGGGAUCGCGAGGAAACAGCAUGCUGAAGAGGUUCCCCAUGGGCAGUGUGAGCAACUACUGCAUGCGCAACGCUGCCUGCCCCGUGCUCAUAGUCCCAGCGCCACACACAGGCGCCACUUGCCCCCCUGCCUCCCUGCCAUCCAUGCAGCCUGCGCAGUCCGCUGCUGCUGCCGCUGCUGUGGCCGCUGCAGCUGCUGCUGCGGCAGCAGAAAUGCCGUGAGCAGGAAGGAAGAGGGGUCCCGUGGGGGUUGAUGGUGUUGCUGCCUUGCUUGCCUUGUUGUUUGGGGUUUGGGUAGGAGGAUCAGCAGCAAAGCUGGAGAUCCAUACAAUUUUGGUACUGUAGAUGCGUAGUGUAGGUUUGGGUGUACAGUAAUGGGGGAUGGGUGGGGUGGGGGAGUCUAGGGGGGUGUGGUUGCGCUCAUGUAUUAUGAGGAAAUGGUGAGUGCAUGGAUGUGGAUUAGUGAUUUAUGCUUGGUGAGGGAGGGUGUAGGAGGGGCUCUGCAAGACAGAUUAUGCACCAUCGUUCCUUCAAUAGCCACUUGAAUGGUGUUACGGAAAUAUUACUACAAUUAGAGGUGCUCAUUUGUAGAUGGACGUGUUUGUUCUUGAAACAUCGUAAUCAUGG